GGAAAGGGGCGGGGCCGAGAGGCGCGCGCUGCGCAUCUCGCCGUGUCGGCCGCGGGCGAUUCGGGCAUGGAGGAAAUUUAUGCUAAGUUUGUGUCUCAGAAAAUCAACAAAACCCGCUGGCGACCGGUCCCUGCGGGGAGCUUGCAGACCGCGGAGACCUUCGCUACGGGCUCUUGGGACAAUGAGGAAAACUGUGUCUUGCUGUGGUCUAUCGGAGAUUUGGGGAACUUGGACCCCGAUGGAGGGUUCGACGGCGACCAUCAGCUGCUGUGCGGCGCCCGGCACUGUGGUGACGUCAUGGACUUACAGUUUUUCGACCAGGAAAGAAUUGUAGCUGCUUCAUCAACAGGAUGUGUAACAGUUUUCCUUCACCGUCCAAAUAACCAGACUCUGUCAGUUGGCCAGCAGUGGACAGCAGCUCACUACCACUCGGGUCCAGGCAGCCCUUCCUGUAGCAGUGCACCAUGUACAGGUGUUGUGUGUAGCAGCCCAGAGAUUGUCACAGUUGGAGAAGAUGGUCGAAUAAAUCUCUUCAGAGUUGAUCACAAGGAAGCUGUGAGAACUAUAGACAAUGCAGAUAGCAGUACACUCCAUGCGGUAACCUUCCUUCGAACUCCUGAGAUACUUACAGUAAAUUCAAUUGGACAGUUAAAAAUAUGGGAUUUCAGACAACAAGGAAAUGAGCCCUCUCAGAUAUUAUCACUGUCUGGUGACCGAGUGCCACUCCACUGUGUUGAUAGACAUCCCAACCAGCAGCAUGUUGUAGCUACUGGUGGCCAGGAUGGAAUGUUGAGUAUUUGGGAUGUUAGACAAGGUACUAUGCCUGUGUCUCUGCUGAAGGCUCAUGAAGCUGAAAUGUGGGAAGUUCACUUUCACCCAUCCAACCCCGAUCAUCUAUUUACCUGCUCUGAAGAUGGAUCCCUGUGGCAUUGGGAUGCCUCCACAGACAUGCCUGAAAAAUCAUCACUCUUUCACCAGGGAGGAAGAAAUAGUACUUUUCUGUCUCAUAGCAUUAGUAACCAGGCUAACGUUCACCAAUCUCUCAUAAGCUCCUGGCUCAGCACCGAUCCUGCAAGAGACCGAAUUGAGAUCACAAGUUUGCUUCCCAACAGGACUUUGUCUGUGAACAGUUUGGACGUUUUAGGUCCUUGUCUUGUUUGUGGAACCGAUGCAGAAGCAAUUUAUGUUACUAGACAACUUUUUUCAUGAAAAUAUUGUAAUUAUAAGAUUUUAGGUAAAAACAUACAAUUAGCCCUUAAAUUCCAACUUCUGUGCAAAUUUUUAGUAUUGAAAAAGUGUGAAAUUUCAGGGGUGGCACCAGUAAACUCUGGCUAAUGGCAGUGCUCAGUUUUGGAUUUUGUUAGUUGGAUAUUCCCCAAACAGUUGCAGAAUCUGAUAGGGGACUGAUGGCAAAAGAACUGGAACGAGUGGCAGAGCAUCAGCUUCAGAGGGAUCCUUGAGUUGGUGAAGACACUGCCUUCAAACACUCCUGGACAGUUGCUGCUCUUCAUUUCUGAUGUUGUAAGAUGCAAAUCACCAACGGGUUCCUAUCCUUUUUGUCAACGGUAUGUGGCAUUAGCCAGUGCUAAUGUUUAUUCUUUUUAUUGCAAAUCCAUUCACAUUUUAUUUCUUUAAUAAUUUUAAUAAACUUGUCCAGAAAGAAUUUAGAACAAAAACCUGACAUUUUUUCAGAGGUGAACAUGUUCUGACAGGUCCCUUUAUUAGAGUAUGUUUGAACAGAACUCUAUCAGCUGCUUAUACCCAAUGGAAAAAAAAAAAUACAUUUUUCCUAAGGAUUUUUAAUUUUUGUUUAGUUUUAUAGUAUAGUUGAAAAUUGCUGAACUGGACAUUGUGCAAUAAAAUAGAAUUUGACAUUGAUAAGUGAGCCGACUUCCAAACUAAAACUUAAUGGGAAGGUGUCCGAGACUAGGGUGCUGGUGUGGGAAGAGGAAAGGAUUUUGCCACCUUAAUCCUCAUCUGAAAGGUUGGUUAUUAUUACCUACUGUGGUGUUUUAAGACAAUAGUAUGACAUUGUCUUUCCAUAGUUAGAUUAAAUGCAUGAUUGAAGUGUGUUCAUGUACUUUAUAAUUCCAUUAAUAGUAAUUAUGGUAAAAUUUUGCUUUUUUCCUGAUAUUUUCAAAUUUUUUAUUUUGCUACCUUAUCUUAGGGUUUUUUGUUUCUGUUUCUUUGUCAGUAUUUAAAAAUGGAAUACUUAUGUGCAUCUGCAUUUUUAUACACAUUUUGCUCAAAAAUGUCUUAUUAAAGAUAGUAACUUUGAAUUCCAAAGAAUCAGAAAGAAAAUGUUGCUGAUAGGAAUUUUUAAUCUGUUUAUAAUUUUAUUGCUGGGAUCAAUUUUUAAGACUUUCUGUUAUUACAAAAGUAAUUACAGAAAAACAAAUAGUCAAAAGAAAAUUUUAAGUACUUAUAACCUCAGACAAUUAAGUCUUUCAUAUCCUUUUUAUCCACCAGUUUGUAUAAUUUAUUUUGUGAAAAUGAAAUAUACAUAUUUGUAGAUGUACAUUCCCUACCAGUAAACACACGGGUUCAGUCAUAUAAACAUAGCUAUCAAUUUUCCUUUGACUUCAUAUUUCCAUUUGUAUGACUGUCUUGCUGCAGCCUAAGCUACAGUGGCCCUCUUCAUCCAGUACAAGCACCCUCCCAUUAUAGUUAGUGGGCUAACAUUCUUGCUCUGAGUUGAAGACCCUAGCUCCCUCGUGGCAUAUUUUCCAUGUUCUGCCUCCACUUUCAUCUGCAUUAUAUGCUGCUGAAAAGUUUGAAGGUUUCAUACAUGUUAGCACCCUUCUCAGUUUCCAGCAGCGACAUACAUAAUUUCCCUUGGCCAUUAUAGUAACGGUAGAGGGAAGGAGCCAGACAUCUAGGCGUAGAAUAUUAGCUUGCACUGGAAACAGUUUCAAGUUUGAAGCUUUGCUUUGCUUGGACUAGAAAUAGUUUCAAGUUUGAAGCUUUGCUUUGCUUGGACUGGAAACAGUUUUAAUUUUGAAGCUUUGCUUUGCUUUAAGGGUACUUAAAACCAUAUGUAAAAGAAAGUUCAUUUGAAUAGUGCUACAUUCAAUACAUUUAAUAACAAACAUAAGCUUUAUGUACUGUAAGUGAAACCUUAAUAUAUGAGUUUGCUCAUUGUCACUGCCUUUAUUCAUGCAACUAUCAAAUAGUUUUUUUGAAGGCUGCAGGAUCUCAGAGGUGGAAGGCACUUGGGGGGCGUCUCCAACCUAAAUCUAAUCUCCCUUCCACAGCAUUCCCAACAAAUUCUCAUCCACAUAUUUGAAAACAUUCUAUGCAGCUUAUCCUUAUUUGGACAGCACUAGCUGAUCCAGCCAUGAUGUGUAUGUGAGUGGGACUCACAAUCGUCCUGUAAAAAAAAAAAAAGAAUCAUGUUAUUGUGGGUUAAUAAUGAUCAUGUGAAACUGCUAUGAAACAAAGCCCAUCACCAAUCCAUUUAUUGAAUUUGCAUUAUGUUGGAGUACUUUAUCACAAGAUUUCACUAAAUAAAUGAGUUUUCAUAUACUGAAUUGAAA